CCGUGUCUAUAUAAGGAGUUUUCCGGGCCGUCCGCGCCCUUUUUCUUAGAGCCCGCACCCGGGCUCCCCUUCGCUCCGCGCUUCCCCGCGCUCGGACGCCGACACCAUGGGUUUCGGUGACCUAAAAAGCCUCCCCGGCCUCCAGGUGCUCAACGACUACCUGGCGGACAAGAGCUACAUCGAGGGGUAUGUGCCGUCGCAAGCGGACGUGGCGGUGUUUGAAGCGGUGUCCGGGCCACCGCCCGCCGACCUGUGUCAUGCCCUGCGCUGGUACAAUCACAUCAAGUCCUACGAGAAGGAGAAGGCCAGCUUGCCAGGAGUGAAGAAAGCUUUGGGCAAAUACGGUCCUGCUAAUGUGGAAGAUACUACAGGAAGCGGAGUUGCAGACAGCAAAGAUGAUGAUGACAUUGAUCUUUUUGGAUCUGAUGAUGAGGAGGAAAGUGAAGAAGCAAAAAGGCUCAGGGAAGAACGCCUUGCACAGUAUGAAUCCAAGAAAGCCAAAAAGCCUGCCCUUGUUGCCAAGUCUUCCAUCUUACUAGAUGUGAAGCCUUGGGAUGACGAGACAGACAUGGCGAAACUGGAAGAAUGUGUCAGGAGCAUUCAGGCAGAUGGCCUGGUUUGGGGCUCUUCUAAGCUAGUUCCAGUGGGUUAUGGAAUUAAAAAGCUUCAAAUACAGUGUGUGGUUGAAGACGACAAGGUUGGGACGGACAUGCUAGAGGAGCAGAUCACUGCUUUUGAGGACUAUGUGCAGUCCAUGGACGUGGCCGCUUUCAACAAGAUCUGAUGCCCUUCUUGGAUCCCUGGCUCCAAUAAAAGCUCAAAAGAUAA